AUGUUGAUCAGCUACACACGGAAUGAGUUCCCCACGGACUACGUUCCUACUGUGUUCGACAAUUACGAAGCGACUGUGUUGGUGGAGGGCAAGGAGGUCAUCUUCUCUUUGUGGGAUACUGCUGGUCAGGAGGCCUACGCCAGGAUUAGGACCCUCAGCUACCAGAAGACCGACAUCUUCCUUCUCUGCUUCUCCGUCGCCGCGCGCACCUCGUUCGGCAACGUCACGGAAACGUGGGUCCCCGAGUUGAAGCACCACUGCCCCAAGGCGCCCAUCAUUCUCGUGGGUACCAAGACCGAUUUGAGGAAGGAGCAGGCCGAUGUUGUCUCCCAGGAGGAAGGCCAGAGGCUGGCCAAGCAGAUCAAGGCCCUCAGAUACAUGGAAUGCUCGGCCCUGACGAAGGUGGGUCUCAAGGAGGUGUUCGACGCCGCCAUCACCAGCAUCGUCUGCAACAACGUGCCCAAGCCCGCGUCGGCCGGCAAGAAGAGCUGCAUCCUCAUCUAA